UGUCUUUCUUUACAUAUACACAAGAUUACCUGUUGUGAUACAUAAGCUCACCUGGAGCAAGAUAGAGAGAGAGAAUAAAAGCCUUUAUUUUUUUCCCCCCUUUAGUGAGCCUCUCUCUAUAUAAGAACCUCUAAUUGCUUCUCCCUUGUUCCACUUCAAUCAACUCCCUCUCCUUUCAUUUCUUGUUUGUUUAUCAAUUAUCAACCAAAAAUGUCAACCGAUGUUGCCUCCGAGCAACUCUGCUACAUCCCUUGCAAUUUCUGCAAUAUCGUUCUUGCGGUGAGUGUCCCAUGCAGCAGCUUGUUCGACAUCGUGACCGUCCGAUGCGGGCACUGUUCAAAUCUGUGGUCGGUCAACAUGGCAGCGGCAUUUCAGUCUCUCUCAUCAUCCUCUUCCUCUUCUCCCUCACACUGGCAAGAUCACCAUCUUCAUCAGGUACCAAGCUACACUUCUCCUGAGUAUAGGAUGGACUAUGGCUCCUCUUCCAAAUACAGUAACAGGAUGGGAAUGGCAAUGCGACCACCUAUCACUAAUCGUACCGAGGAAAGGAUUGUGAAUCGUCCUCCCGAGAAGAGGCAGCGAGUGCCUUCUGCAUACAACCAAUUCAUAAAGGAGGAGAUUCAAAGGAUCAAGGCCAAUAACCCAGAUAUCAGUCACCGGGAAGCAUUUAGUACAGCUGCCAAAAAUUGGGCACACUUUCCUCACAUUCACUUUGGUCUCAUGCUGGAGUCCAACAAUCAACCCAAGAUUGGGGGUACUGAGGGCACUGGAAAGCAUAUGACUCACAGGGCUGCACUGCUAAACAAGUGAUGAAGAUGUUGAAGAUGAAAGGGCCUUUGUGAGUUCUGUUGGUGGAUUGAAGAAAACUAUGACCAUUAUAUAUAUAUGCUUUAAGUAAGGACCUAAUUAAUUAAAUAUCUUAUGUUUUACUAUAUUUCAUUAUUGGCUGCAAUGCAAACCUGUUUAAGAGUUGCUACUCAUCAUCAUGUUAUAUUGUGCAAUCUAUCAGUAAACUAUAUAUGAUUAUCAGUUGAAUUAAUUGCUUGUUU